UUGAAGAGUUCCUUAGAGGGGCGUGCCUCAACAUUUCAGUGAUCCAAGUCUAUAUGAUGUGUUUAUUCCACGAACACACCUUUGCAUUUGACAACUCUCAGAUUGGGUUUGUUUGUCCCGAGGCAAUGUCAAGCUCUAGAAUCAAGGCCAACCCUCAGGCUGCAUCAAUGUAUUUGAAAGUAGUUUUCAAUGCUGAAAUUGAAAAGGAGAAGAAGGGUGAUCCUAACAUUACCAAGUGGUUUUUGAUCCCAUACCAUCAAGAAAAUCAUUGGAUUUUGUACGUGUUAGACCUACGUAGAGGUUGUGCGUAUAUUUUCGACUCUGCGAUAGGUUCCAACCGAGAAAAUAGUGCAUGGGGAAUCUUGUGUUUGGCAUACCAAGUGUACAAGUUUAAUGAUGGGAUUUGUCCGAAUAGAGCGACUAUGCAGGGGUUGAAAGGCUUCCAUGUAAAGUGUGCUCAACAAGUCGGCGCCCGCGAGUGUGGCUAUUACGUUAUGAAGUUCAUGCAUGAAAUAGUCACGUUACACCAUAACACUGAUGAGCGGUUAGACAAUGCUUACACUCCAAGAAAUGCGCCUUAUACCGAUGAGGAAAUAGAUGUGGUUCGUGAGCAAUGGGCUAAGUUUUUUACAACCGAGUAUUUAUUUACUUAGGUUGUUUAGACACAAAGAUGGAAGCGUUUAUAUCUUCAUGGAUUUGGCUAGGGAUCGAGUCGAUUGGAAGAAAGUCAACACGACCUUACUUAAGGUUUGUACGUAAUGCAUGAUCUAAAGGGACCUAAGUGGCUGGAUUAGAGACAUUUGUUAGAUUAGCUCUCUAGCCUUUUGUCUUUAGUUGUUAAUAUUAGUUGUAAUUUGUUAGACUAGCUAGGUGUUUAAAAAUUGUAAACAUACGUACUAUAUAUACGCUUUGCUCUGUUGGGUUAAUAUAAAUGAAGUUAAUGUAAUGAUUUAUUUAUCAAAGAUAAGCAGAUUCAUACCUUUGCUA